UGAUAAUUUCCCUGUCAUUAUCCAGAGCCUGAUUUAUGGUCUGACAUUUUGCUUCCAUGAUUCUCUGGAAGAGGCUCGGCCAACACCAUCCGUUGAAAUAAAAAUCUUUGAUUGUACGCGGCACCGACAUGGCUAUGCAUUUAUAUCUGCCUUCCAUCAAUAAUGCUCCUCUGUACUUCUCAUGGCCGCCAUUUCACUGCCUUUGUUGCUUUUUUCUUCAUCUUAUUUCAACUCAGAUCCAAUUGGAGAAGAAGAAUUUGAAGAAUGUAACACUCUUACUGUACUUGAUUAUGGGAAUACUGGAAAGCCAAGCCGCUGGAUGACGCCACAGUAUUUGAACUUACAGAUUCGCUGCUCAGGAUUGAUGAGGGACGAAGCACAUAGGGCUCUGAAGCACCAUUUCAGAGGUGAAAGAAAUGAAAGUCUGCAGAAUUCAUCUGGUGUUAGGAACAAAAUCAAAUGGCCGCAUGAAAAUGAGAAUGAAGAUGGGAAUUUUGUGGAAAAUUGUUUUGGAGAAUCGCUGCUGCCCACAUUUCUUGCUGUAGAGGUUGAUGAUUGCAAAUUGGGCAGUGAGGUUUUGCAAGAGUCUUUAACUGAUCUGAGCAACGGGAAUCGAACUGUUGGUGAUGCAGAACAGAGCAACCAGUUGUAAAGAAUGAGGGCAUUGUAAACUAACAAUAUUCACAGUUUUGUAGAAUACAUCAGAGACAAUUGCAUAGAAUCCGCCAUAAAGAUUCAGACGGAAUAGUAAAGUUGUGAAAUUUUUAUUAAUCAUUACCAUAGAGCACUGAGUUUGCUGAAAUGUAACUGUGAUUCAUUAACAAGCUUUUGGAUUAGACUGAAAUAUUUCUUCUACUUGUUUCUUUGGGAUCCCAACCUUAAGGCUGCUUCCUAUAAAAUAGAGAAUGUUCUUCAGAGAUUUA